AUGGAAGUCCUACAAGACAAGUAUUAUGAGUUACAGAAGUUCUGGGACUGGGCUGUUUCUAUAUCAGAUCCCAGAGUGAAGGAUUGGCCCCUAAUGCAGAGCUACACUCCAACCAUUGCAUUGACCAUCAUUUACAUAUUCUCAGUGAUCAUUGGCAAGCGAAUCAUGGCUAACAGGGAACCUAUGAAGUUCAAAUACACAUUAUUCUUCUAUAAUUUAGGACUUAUUGCUCUAAACUUCCAUAUAUCAUAUACACUAUUUGUAUCUGCAUACAGAGCUGGUUACAGUCUUCAGUGUCAGUCUGUCAAAUACUCCUACGACCCCAAUGAAUACAAUAUUGCCUCUGCCCUUUGGUGGUUUUAUAUAUCAAAGUUGGUGGAAAUGAUGGACACAAUAUUUUUUGUGUUGAGAAAAAAGAACAAUCAGAUUAGUUUUCUACAUGUGUACCACCAUGCUUCCAUGUUUCCACUGUGGUAUAUAGGUGUCAAGUGGGUCGCUGGUGGCCAAUCCUUUUUUGGUGCAAUGAUCAAUUCCUUCAUCCAUGUGUUAAUGUACUCCUACUAUGGAUUGUCUGCCCUUGGACCUCACAUGCAGAAGUAUUUGUGGUGGAAGCGAUACCUAACCAUUCUUCAGCUGUUACAAUUCUUUAUUGGGAUGGUGUAUGGAUUUCAAAGUCUGUAUUUGGGAUGUGAUUUCCCUCUAUGGAUGCAGUAUACAGGCUUAGUGUACGGUGUAACAAUUAUCACACUGUUCCUCAACUUUUAUAUACAAGCCUAUAUGAAGAAGCCCAGUGCUCAUUUACAGAAACAAAAGAAAGCAGCAGCAGCUAAUGGAGAAGUGAAUGGAAAAGUGACAGAAAAUGGCUCAGGUUCAACAAACGGCUCAUCAGUGGCCAACGGUCACGUAGAAACAAAGAAGGAUAAGUGA